AUGCUCGGUAUCGACUACCCAAGUAGUGAUGAAGAUGAGGCUGCGCCCGAUUCAAAGUCAGAGUUGAUCAACAUUGCCAAUGCGAAUGCGAAUGCGCCUGCGACAAAGACUCCUCCCAAACCUGUACCAAUUCCACAGGUGCCAGCGGCUUCUGCUCCAAUAAGCGGUCCGUCACAAGGUCCUACAGUCUCGCCUCCUCCUACCGAUGACAAUGGGCCAGACCACGCUGCUCCCUCCAACACCUCGACCCGCGCCGUUAUCCAGAACCUCACAUUGCCUACCGUACCUAAGUUCGACAUACCAGCCUCACCACCUGGAUCACCUCCACUCAAAGCCACAAAGAAGUUUACGCAGUUCUUAGACCUUAAGCAGAAGGGACAGCACUUCAAUCAGCGAUUGGAGGGCUCGUCAGUCCUGCGAGACCCUGGACACUUGCAGAGACUGAUGGACUUUGCGAGCAUCAGCGAAGAAGACUCGUAUGCAACUACGCUAUCAGAUGAGGUUGCGAUUCCCGUUGCUUUCCCUAAGUGGGCUUAUGUAGAGGAAUUGAGAGCGUCACAAAAGGGCAUUUUGAAAGCCAGAGAACAGGGCAAGAACAGGGUACCGCGAGACGCCGUCGAAUUCGUCUCGGCAACAAAGUCUGGGACGUCAAGUGGCACAGGUACGCCUGCUGGGAAAGGCACACAACAACAGAGUAGUGCUGAGAGAGUCAUGGGGAGUAUAGACAAGGAGGCGCCCAAUCUGUCGAGUUCUCAGACUACAAGCAAAAGAAAGCAAUUGGAAUACCGAUGCAGGGAUGAGUCUUCUGUAAGAAAUGGAUGGAAUGGUAGGCCACGGUCGCCGAAGAGAAGACGCUCCAGGUCGAGAGAUGGAAGGGGGUGA